AUGUCAAAGAAGAAUUUUGUUCGUCGAUGUGAAGAACUUGUAAAACCGAAUAUUACUCGAAUCAUUUCACUUUCUCUAUCGAAUUAUUGUGCCAUUGAUUUCUUUCUUAAAUUAUUCUCGAUUCAUUCAUUCAUUCAUCUUGAAAGACUCAUUCUCGAUGGUGUAACAUCAAACAAUCGUCUUGUUCAACUUCUCAAUUCUCUCGUGUCACUACCACGCCUCUUUACACUUUCUAUUACUUUAUCAAGUUAUUAUGUAGAUGAAAAUAACAUACUUCAAUGCAUUUUUCGUUUGCCUGUAGUCAACUAUUGCAAAUUAAAAUUUCGUGAAAAUCUCGAUCGUCGAUCUCUAUCAUGUACUCAUGAUAAAAAGUUUCAAUGUCAAACACUUAAAUAUUUGGUUAUCGAUGGUGAUUUUUGUCUUAAUCAACUUACUCCAAUCCUGACUUAUACACCUCAAUUAACAUAUUUAUCAUGUCGAUUUCGAUCGGGAUUCGAUUAUAAAACCAAUGAACAAUUACUUAUGCCAUAUUAUUUGACAGAUAUUUCCUUAAAAUUUCAUGAUGUUUCAUUUGAUGAAAUCGAAAAAUUUUUAUCUAAAAUAUCUCAUCAAUUACAACGUUUACGUUUAACAAUACACAUGAAUAACAUAUUUCUUUGUGCUGAACGUUGGGAACAAUUAAUUACAAAUCAUAUGCCUCAUUUAUACAUGUUUGAUUUUAUGUAUUUGAUUUUCAAAUACUAUUCUUCGAAUGAUUAUAUUAUCUCGAAUCAAUUAUUCGAUCGUUUCAAAUCAUCAUUUUGGAAAAAUCGAAAUUGGUUCUUUCAAUAUCAACAUUGGUUAUGUGAUAAUGAUGAUUUUUCAGGAAUAUUUUAUUCUACUCAUCCUUAUAGGUAA